GGGCACAUCCUGUUCACCCCCUUCCCAUGGCAGCGGCGGUGCUCAUGGACCGGGUUCAGAGUUGCGUGACCUUUGAGGAUGUGUUCGUGUACUUCUCUCGAGAGGAGUGGGAUCUCCUUGAGGAAGCGCAGAGAUUCCUGUACCGUGAUGUGAUGCUGGAGAACUUUGCACUUGUGGCCACACUGGGUUUUCGGUGUGAAGCAGAAAAUGAGGAGGCACCCUCAGAGCAGAGCAUUUCUGUAGAAGGAGUGUCACAGGUCAGGACUGCUGAGCCAGGUCUCUUCCAGAAAGCACACCCAUGUGAGUUGUGUGACCCACUCUUGAAAGACAUUUUGCACCUGACCGAACACCAGGGAUCACACCUUACACAGAAACUGUAUACACAUGGGCUGUGUAGGAGAAGAUUCUCAUUCAGUACAAAAUUUUACCAGCACCAGAAGCAACAUAAUGGAGAGAAUUGUUUCAGAGGGGAUGAUGGAGGGGCCUCAUUUAUGAAGAGCUGUACAAUCUGCAUGUUAGGGAGAUCCUUUACAUGCAGGGAGGAAGAGAUGGACUUACCAGACAGCUCUGGCCUCUUCCAGCCCCAGACCACUUACAAUAGGGUGAGUCCAUGUGAAAGGACUGAAUGCAUGGAGUCUUUCCCACACAGCUCCAGUCUUGGGCAGCAUCAAGGAGACUGUGAUGGACAGAUGCUUUUUAUUUGUGGUGAUGAAGGGAAAGGCUUUCUGAACACCUUUACUCUUCUUGACAGCCAGAUAACGCAUGCUGAGGUGAGACCCUUUAGAUGCCUACCAUGUGGAAAUGUGUUCAAGGAGAAAUCAGCUCUUAUUAACCACAGAAAAAGCCACAGUGGAGAAACAUCUCAUGUGUGUAAGGCGUGUGGAAAAGCCUUCAUUCACUUGCACCAUCUAAAAAUGCACCAGAAAUUUCACACUGGAAAAAGACAUUAUACAUGCAGCGAAUGCGGGAAGGCCUUCAGCCGCAAGGACACGCUUGUUCAGCACCAGAGAGUUCACACUGGAGAAAGAUCUUAUGACUGCAGUGAAUGUGGAAAAGCCUACAGCAGAAGCUCCCACCUUGUUCAACACCAGAGAAUUCACACAGGAGAAAGGCCUUAUAAGUGCAACGAAUGUGGGAAAGCCUUUAGCCGUAAAGACACACUUGUUCAGCACCAGAGAUUUCAUACUGGAGAAAGGCCUUAUGAGUGUAGUGAAUGUGGAAAAUUCUUUAGCCAAAGCUCCCACCUUAUUGAACACUGGAGAAUUCACACUGGGGCAAGGCCUUAUGAAUGCAUAGAAUGUGGAAAAUUCUUUAGCCAUAACUCUAGCCUCAUUAAACAUCGGAGAGUCCACACAGGAGCAAGGUCCUACGUGUGCAGUAAAUGUGGGAAGGCCUUUGGCUGCAAAGACACACUUGUUCAGCAUCAGAUAAUUCACACUGGAGCAAGGCCUUAUGAGUGCAGUGAAUGUGGGAAGGCCUUCAGCCGUAAAGACACACUUGUGCAGCACCAAAAAAUCCACACUGGAGAAAGGCCUUAUGAGUGUGGUGAAUGUGGCAAAUUCUUUAGCCAUAGCUCCAACCUUAUUGUACACCAGAGAAUUCACACUGGAGCAAAGCCUUAUGAGUGCAAUGAAUGUGGAAAAUGCUUUAGCCACAACUCCAGCCUCAUUCUGCACCAGAGAGUUCACACAGGAGCAAGGCCUUAUGUGUGCAGUGAAUGUGGGAAGGCUUAUAUUAGUAGCUCCCACCUUGUUCAGCACAAGAAAGUUCACACUGGAGCAAGACCUUAUGAGUGCAGUGAAUGUGGGAAAUUCUUUAGCCGCAACUCUGGCCUCAUUCUACACCAGAGGGUUCACACUGGAGAAAAGCCUUAUGUAUGCAGUGAAUGUGGGAAAGCCUACAGCAGAAGCUCCCAUCUUGUUCGUCACCAGAAAGCACACACUGGGGAAAGACCUCAUGAGUGCAACAGUUUUGGUGACCCUUUAGCUGCAUCUCUUAAACUUGUUUAACGCCAGAAAAUUCACACAAGAGAAAGGCCUUAUGAAUCCACAAAAUGUGUCAUCUUGUUCAUCCUUGUAGGACUCAAACUAGAGUAAUGCUCUAUGAGUACCCUUUGUGAGAGAACCAUCAGCUAGCAGAUAAGUCUUCUAUAUUCAUUCCACCCUGGAGAGGUUCCUGGUAAGCACCACAUAUAUGAGACGCUUUCAUGACGUGUGUUGCACUUUGUAACUAUCUAGGGCUCUUGAUGGAAUUAUAUCACUGCCGGUGCCUGUGGCGGAAGCCAUCUUAUUCCUACCAGCUGUGUGUGUCCGUCACUCCAUUUUGCUCAGGGAAGGCAGACUCCUGUGCUUUCUUUCCUCUUGCCUGCAGGGAAUCAUGAGUAUUUUCAAGGAUCACCCCCCAACCCCCCACCACUGAGAGUCCUCACCUUUUCCUUCAUGAUCAGGUUCUGAGCAAACAUGAUCUAGCUCUGGCCAGAAGGACCUAAGCUGGGGUCUGCUGGGAUUUCAUGGCAGGAUUUUCCAUCAUCGUGGGCAUUGCUGACUGUAAAUGUGAUAGCUGUGUCUUACUUGUACUGCCAAAUCGUCCAACUUUGGAACGGCAUGCCCCAUGCUGCUCUGGUUUAUACAGUGAUAAAGGCCAAUUGUGGCAGCUUUUACUCUUGGGGAUUUUGUUACUAUGUAGAGUGGACUGAGAAAAAAACUGGGUUCUGUCAUGAAGGAAGUAACACCUUUUCUGGACACCACCUUUAUGUGCCUCAGAGGGGACCAUAGGAUGGCAGAAAACAGUUCUCAGUCUAGUUUGACCUAAUUUGUACCAUUGCCCUAGGUCUGCUAGGAAAGACUAAAAAGUUUUUUGUACCUAACUUUGUGGUGUGGCUGCCAGGACUUCCUGUGAGCAGCCCAGUGAGUAGGGCAUAGUUGGUGUAAAAAUCUCCUGUGCUUCUGGAAGCAACGUAAGUUGGGUCCCUUGACUGGCACGUAUUCCCGAGCACCGUUGAGGGAUUGCUGUCCUCAGUACCUAUACAGGAUCGAGUCCCUGAUAUCCAGAAUCCCAUAGGCAAGUGACAUGGACUGUAAGACCUCUAUAGGGCAAUGUGAAAAUCAUGAUUGGUACAGAAACACUGAGAUAAUAGAGUGUGGAUGACUGUGACAAACAAAAGAUUCGAACAUUCUAGAGAGGCAUCCACAGAUAUUGGUGCAGUUAUGAUGGUGUGGGAUGGGGGUGCACAGAAAUUCUCGGGACCUUCAGACAUCUGUAUCUCCUCUGGCCAAGGCCACUGUCAGAGUAAAUAAUGUAAAUGUUUGUGGAUUUCUGUGUCUCCCUGGGCAGUUGACCUUGUAGCCAUCACUGCACAGACAGGAACCCCAGCACUGACAGGAGAGAUCCAGGAAUGGGUCUUCUCUGACCCACCAGCAUUCUUAGUGACAGGUGGACAUGGACUUCAUUGCCCAUCAAUUUUUACCAACAUUGAGGCAGGGCUCACUCUCCUAAAUUGUAGGGAGAGGAAUAUGGUUGAGCCAAAAUAGUUAACACAUCUAAUUUUCCAAGUGGAAAAGUAUAUAUAGAUUUUAAUGAGGAACAUUUAUUUAACAACUUUAUGGAGGUAUUAACAUGCAAUAAACUGGAAAUACGUAAAGUGUAAAAUGUGCUGUUUCAGCAUGUAUAUACACCUAUGAAACCACCACAGUCAAGAUAUUCAGUGUAACAAAAGAUUGUCCCUUUAUAAUCCUUCUCAAUCUUUCCUCAUCUUGUUUUCCACAAUUCAUAAGCAACAGCAAGCAUUUUCUAUAAUUUUGUAAGUGAAGUCGUAUUGUGUGUACUUUUUAGAGGGGGGCUGUUGCUUUUUCAGUAAACAGCUAUUUUAAGGUUAAUCCAUUAUCUUGUUGCAUGAAUCAAUUGUUUGCUCAUUUGUAUUGCUGAGUAGUAUUUCAUUGUAUACCACAAUUUUUCUUUUUUGUCAACUUAAUUGUUACGGAUGUUUAGGUUGCUUUCAGUUUUUGGCUAUUACAAAUAAACCUUUGGAGA